AUGAGAGGCGCCGCUCCAGUUACAACUCGCCCUUUUUUGCCUAGCAGCAGCCCAGUGCGACACCCGACAAGCGCCGCCAGGACUGGCCGCCAACGCCAGCACCUCAGAAAAAACGCCAACCCUAACGCCAAUUACUACGGGAUUCUCGCGGACGAAGACGAAGACGAAGUUGUCGACACGCUCGAUGCCCUAGACCUAGAAUUCGAGACACGCAAAAUUAUCGCCAAGGAGAAGGAACGCAUGACAACCCGAGCCGAUGUGCUACGCACUUUUGCGGAAUCCAUCGCCGCGUGCGCAAGAAAAUUCGACCACGGAUACGCCCACGCCGUCGCCAACGACUUCACGAAGUCCCUGCUUCACCACUGGAAUCAGUUCCUCCACUCCGGAGACACUGCAGUCAGAAAUAAACCAGCAGCGGCUAGGCCGCCAACUGACAACCAGUUGCCCCGCCCAAAAACGGUGAGCUUCGCAGACGUCACUCAAGCGGCCUCGCGUCAAGCCCCGGGCGAUGUGCACAUCGCUCCUGCCCGCAGGCAGCCCAUUGCCGCCAGCAACUACGCAGACCGCCGAAUCUUGCUUCGCCUCAAAGAGGGAUCUAGCUUCUUCGAGAAGAAACCUUUCCAAAUCCGAACCGCCAUUUUUGAGAAGCUUACGCUAGGUGCUAACGAUGUCCAGAACAUCACUAAGACAAAUACAGGUUGGUCGGUCGUAGCACGCAACAAAGAGAUCCAAAAGAAGAUACUGGAAUCACAAGAGCAAUGGGGACCAAAUGUGGACCUUACCAUAGCAGAGAAGCAAGUAACAUGGUUCACAUACCUGAUCCAAGAUUUCCCAAAUGAAUUGCGCUCAUAUGAUGAGACCAUACUUGACUUCAACGCAACUAUCAGCGAAGAAAUCGUAGCCCAGACAGGCCAAACUCCUGUGUGGUGGCGCCGCUCAGUCAAACCCAGCAGUGACCCAACGAAGACACCUCUGGUGAUAUCGUUCGAAAAGCCCGUACGGGGCACCUUAAGACUCCUCGGCCUAGGAGCGUUUUCGUUCCUCAUGACAAAGCCUCAACGACUCGUACAAUGCCAGAACUGCUGGCAAUUCCAUCCAAAUGUGCCAUGCACGGCAACGAAAACAUGCAGAACCUGCGGCGUCAGUCACACCGAGCACGACACUGAAAACUGCCAAGCAACACCAAGAUGCACCAACUGCGAGGGCCCCCACCACGCAGAUUUCGGACAAUGCUACGCACGACCCAAGAAAGUUGGGGACACCUUCCACAAACUCUCAAAGUCGCAGAGAACCCACGCUAGGAAACUUGGAGCAGACGACUACAGACGACAAAACAUGGAAAUGAUGGCCCAGUCACUAGACAACCCACUAGCGCCCAACGAGGCCACGACAAACACGACCACGAACGAAGUCGACGCAGAGAUGGCGGACACAGCCGAGGGGAACGCCACCACGACACCAGAGGAGGACUGCCUCCCUGCCCUUGGAGAAGAUGAAGACAUGGGAGACACAGAACAAGAACAACUACAGAGCAAUGAAGGGAUUCUGGAAGAAAAUGCCGAAUCAGGAAAGGCCGUAGAGGUACCGGAUAGUCAAGAACAGCUGGAAGGAGGAGGAAACGAUGCCGAAAACACUGCUGAACAUGAAGCAACGGAGGAGGGACCAGAGGACGAGAGCGACAACAGCGAGAAUGAGAACGACGAAGACAAUAGCGGAGACGACGAUGAGGCUGCCCCUACACAACAGAACCGCCAACAGGAGCCGCCAGCUGCCUACCGAAGAAACAUUUUGCGCACCACACCCAUACAUAGAAUGGGAGUCUCAGAGAUAAAAGCGCCCAGGGUACAGCUUUCCUCGAGGCCCACACCACAAACCCUUCUAGUGAUGCUCCGACAGAACAAGAGAUCCUCGUUCGAACAUUACCACGUCACUCUCCCCCGAGCAGCCCGCCACGGGAAGCUCGACGACGAGAAGAAUCGCCACCGAAACGACGAACAAGAACCCGGUCUACAGAUGAGUAACCAAAGACGACACAAUGCUCAACCAGUGACGAUCAAAUUUUUUCAGGCAAACGUGGACAAGGGAAAAGAAGCACAUAGCGCCGCCCUCCAGCUCGCGUUUCUGGAGGGCUACAACGUAGUGAUCCUUCAAGAACCAAACACGUCCUACAACAAACAGAAAAAGCUCUGCCGAACCCAGUACCAUCCAGGCUUUCUUUGCUUCAGCCCGGUGGACUUUUGGCACAACAACGACACACGCCCACGGGUGAUGACAUACGUCAAAAUAGAUCGCAAGAUCCAAGCUGAACAGAUCACGCCAGCAAAACAUCGAGACCUUCUGUGGGUCAGGGUAAGCGGGAUCACUAUCCUCAACCUCUACAACAGACCAGAAGUGGACAGUACACUGCAAGUUCUCGAAGACUGGACUCCACCAGAGAACUGUAUUGUCGCCGGCGACAUGAACGCUCUCCACACUUCCUGGCAGGCAGACAGACCAGCCUCACAAGAUGGAAACCGCAUCCAUGCAUGGACAGAAAGACACGACCUCGAUCUACUGAAUGAGCCCGACGAGGCAACAACCAUGGCGAAACGUUAUACACAAGAAGCAGCACAAUUGACCUGCUUCUCAAACAUACCAGAAGCGUCUGCCACGGUGGAAGUGCACCUCAUGACAGGAUCCCUCCACUACACCAUCGGUAUCGAGAUUCCGGAUCGGGAACCAGCCCAAGUCACACGGGGAAAUGUUAGAGUCGCCACGCCAGAUGAGAUCAAGGCUUUUGGAGACCACGUAGGCAAGGCGGUAGAGUCACUACCUACUGAUGUGGAUUCGCCAGCCCAGAUUGAAGGCAUGGCCAGACAACUCCAAAAGAUCCUCCAGAACUCUGCCAAGGCAUGUGAUAGGGUAAGCCGCGAUCGCCGCGCACGAGGCUGUCCUUGGUGGAACCAGGAGUGCAAAGACGCACAUGACGACCUCCGUAUUACACGACGCAUCUACGAGAACCAAAGAGGAGAGGAAGUGCAACGGUCCAGGGUCAAAUUCUGCCGCGUCCUAAGACGCACAAGGCAGAAAUUCUGGCGAAAUACAAUCAACGAAGUUACUAGCGCGGAAGGCGUGUACAAACUCACCAGAUGGAUGAAACCUAGACAACGACUCCAGCCCCCGCCGAUCCAGGUGGGUAAUAUGACUUACUCUACCGACGCAGAGAAGGCCAUGGCGCCACGGAAAGAGAAACUGGAACGCCGGGACUCGUCAGACGACAUUGCCGACGGCUGGCAACCAGCUGUCCGCCCCCCCAAGGAGAUUCCAUUCGCGAGAACCAUCUCGACCAACGAGGUCGAGAAGGCUGUCUUACACACCGGAAACACAACGCCCGGCUCGGACGGAAUUACGACCAGGAUGCUACAGGCAGCCUGGCCACAUAUCGCCCGACCCGUCACGAAGCUGUACAACGCCUGUCUACGGCUCGGUCACCAUCCCAGCGUCUUCAAGACUGCCGAGAUUGUCAUGAUCCCAAAGCUCAACAAGCGAAACCUUAGCGAUGUAUCCACGUGGCGCCCUAUAUCACUCCUGUCCUGUCUGAGCAAAAGGUUAGAACGAGUGAUCGCAAGAAGAAUGGCAUAUGCCGCCAUCAAAUAUGGCAUCCUUCAUCCGAACCAGGCUGGUGCGCUCCCAAAGCGGCCCGCCGUAGACAUUGUGGUUUCUCUGAUCUACGACAUCGAGAAAGCACUCGCGGCCGGCCAGGUGGCAACUCUAGUCACGGAAGACGUUAUGGGUGCUUUCGACGCCAUCCUUCGCAAUCGCAUGAUCCUUUGCUUGCGGCAACAAGGAUGGCCUGACUUCUUGAUCAGAUGGAUAGCCAGCUUUCUGCUAGACAGACUAGCCAGCGUCCGUUUCCAAGACGCGACUACACCAAGCGCGCGACUACGAUGCGGCCUGCCACAAGGCUCGUCCAUCUCCCCGAUACUCUAUAUCUUGAUCACGGCGGCAAUCUACUUCCUCUCGGGCGCAGCCCAGAGAUACGGUUACGCGGACGACACAGCGAUGCUCUUUAUCGGAGACUCGCUGGAGGACACGACGAGGCAAGCAAACGAGGCCAUCGCAGCCAUGGAAUCCUGGGGAAGAGGCGAGGCAAUCCACUUUGACCCAGAAAAGACAGAAGUCAUGCAUUUUUCUAGACGCAAGGCAGGUCACGACCAAUCCCCCGUCAUCUACCACGGCGACAAAGAGAUACAGGCAACGCCAUCUAUGCGGUGGCUCGGCAUCUGGCUAGACAAAAAACUCACCUUCAACCACCAUAUCGAUGAGUGGACGAAGAAAGCUCGCAGGGUGGUUAAUCACCUCCGAGGCAUGAACAAUACCGUGCGAGGCAUGGCGGCGACAGCGGCCCGUCGAGCCGCAUGGGCUGUGGCUAUGCCGACCCUAUUCCAUGGGUUAGACGCCUGGCUGCCCGGAUUGGAUGCUCCUACGAACCUCGUCCCGCACCACCAGAUCGAGCGACCCAGACUCAUCCCACAGAGGUUUUCUGACAACGUACAAGUAGAAGGGCCCGGUGAGAGGCUCACCAAAGAGAAGGCUGUACCAUAUUUCGAGCAGUGGCUUGCCGGUCGACCAGCGGGCUAUGUAGUCUUCAGCGACGGCUCCAAAACAGACAAGGACACGGCGGGAUAUGGCUUCGCCGUUUUCCGCCAUGGACGACUUCUGGAUUGGGAUUACGGACAGCUGGGACGACGAGAAGUAUUUGAUGCCGAGAUUCACGGCGCUCUUGCAGGAUUGAAAGCAGCCAUGCAACGGAACAGCCGCCUCGAGCCGAUUACAGUCUGCAUGGACAACACGUCCGUGAUUGACUGCAUCGGAGCGACGGCGGCAGAUUCUUCGCAAGCAUGCUUCCGAGAAUUCCAGAAAAUUGGUGACAGGCACCCGUAUCUGAUCUCAGUCAAAUGGUCACCUGGCCACACUGGCAUUUUCGGCAACGAGCUGGCCGACCAACUUGCGAAGCAUGGCGCUACGCCCCCCACAGAUGAACACCUGCCAUCUGUCUCGUAUAGAAAAAGACAGAUGAAGAAGCAGAUAGCAGUCGAUCACCGAGCCUGGUGGGCAUCGGUUGAGAGAACGGAGUACCUGAAGCUUGGGCUUAGUGCCGAGCUGAAGAAACUUCCGGAACUCAGCCUCCCCCGCCGCAUGCUCGAUCUUCUGACUGCGCGAUCACAACACAACACGGCGACUUUGCGGAAUACCACGAGAGAUUCCACCCAGGACAGACGACAUUGGAGUGCCCUUGCGGGCGCCAGAAGUCGCCUACCCACCUUUUCUACUGCAGGAAGGUCCCUCGUCAUCUCCGGGUUCGGCUGGACCCCGACCCAGAGACGACAAUAG